AUGUCAUUUACCAAAAAGGUAACAUCUUCUCUUAAAACUACACAACUGUUAAAUAGUUUACAAGCUAACAGUCAAGAGGAUCAAGAGAAUCAAGAAUUAGAUGACACAGAAAUUGAUAAAAUCCUUGUAAAUAAGGUGUCUGUCUUACUUUUCUCCAAUCUAAAUCUUGAAGAAAUAUGA